CCGACCUGGGUUAUUUCCGGAAGCGAGGCCGGCUGCUUUCCCUCUGCUUCCGCAGGGCUCGGAGUGGGUCCCGGGACUAGUGACGAGCACGUACCAACCAGACCUCUAACUACUCCUGUGGCAGCCUGCGUGUCAGCAUCCUGGAACCUCAAGCCAUCAAUCCACACUGAAGCCCAUAUCUUCUAGAGUCCAGCCUAUCUAGGGUGCAGGUGAAUUUUGAGGCCUAUGUCUCAGUGCCCAUCAAAGGACCAUUAGGACUGCUUUGGUGAACUUGUGACCAGCCCAGCCAUCCAUGCUUCACAUCCCUGUUAUCCUUGGUCACCGUCCAAGAUCACUGUACAGAAGAGAUGAGAUAUGGUCUAACAGACCAUAUGACAAAGUACUUCCUCAGAAUGCCCACAGCGAUGAAUCUGGCCUUAGGAGAACGGGAGAUGGUCUUUCUGCAAGCCAACAGCAUGAGUGCAGGGACAUAAAAGAUGAUUUUAAAAGAAAAUGUUCCUCCUCUUCCCAUUAUUCAAGACAGUGGUCUCCCUAUAAAGGGACUUCUUGUUUUUUCAGAAAUUCAAAUAUAGGUCAAAAAGACUCCCCACACAGCAGAUCUGGAUCUAGUGGAGGGCACUCUCCAAAAGGAAUCCAACAGUAUUCUUCCCAUUGGUCACAGCUUAGGACAUCCACGAAUGCUAAUGCCUCCUACAGAUGGGACAGAGAGGAAAAGCCGGAAGGAGGUCAAAAGAGACCUGGCCAGUCUUUGAAAACAUCAAGAGACACACACCCAUUAAGUUCUUCAGCAGUUCCUUCAUCAGAAAUUUUAGACAAACUCAACAACUUCAAUGAAAAUGCACUUCCUGAAGCUACCAGCAGGCAGGCUGUAGAAAAUCCAAAGAUGGCAGAUGAAGGUGACUUCCCUAAAAUUUCUGAGUUUGAAGUUGGAUUCACAGAACCGUUACUUAUGGAUCAGCCACAGGGACCUGAGUCAAACAGAACAGAAGGCACAGAAUUAGUCAGUGACCAACUAACUGAUCGCCUUAAAGCAAUAGCAUCAAAAACCAAGGAAAUUGAGCAAGCAUACCACCAAGACUGUGAAACCUUUGGGAUGGUGGUGAAAAUGCUGGUUGAAAAAGAUCCUUCAUUAGAAAAGUCCAUUCAAUUUGCAUUUAGGCAGAAUUUACAUGAAAUAAGUGAGCGGUGUGUGGAAGAGCUCAGACAGUUCAUUGCAGAGUAUGAUGCUUCCUAAGAAUUGGAGCUCUAGCAGA